GCCACCACCGCAGCCGCCUUUCCCCUCCUCUGCUCCUGAGACGAGCUCUUGUAUCCACGCAGCAACAAACGACGCGCGAUCCCUUUGUCUCCGGGCGACGGGAGGAGGAACCUGGGACCCUCGCUGCCAGGAUGAUGUCGUCCUCGACCAUGGGGAAAUCGGCCCCCGCUGAGGAGUCGCUCGGAGAGUCAUGGGUGUUAUGCCCAACCCCGGUCGACCGAAUUACGCCACUGCCGUUUGGCAGUGGUGGCGAGGAGUUCCUGCGGCUCCUGAGGGAUGCUCAGAGGGACUCGGCCCAUUCCUCGGCCCGACACUCGCUCGCCUCCUCGCGACGUGAUACUCCGCGCGACAGUCCCAAGAGUCCUCCAAAUAGUCCGAAUACGGAAUUAUCGACUGAAGAUGAGUUAAAAGGAGUCUACAUUAAUCACACUACCCAAAAGGAUGUCGAUCAAGACAAAAACUCGGAUUGGAUAUACGAGUGGAAUAUCAAGCCGGAACAAAUUGGACUCAAAGACUGGAAGUUGAAGCACAAAUUGGGAAUGGGUAGACGGAAAACGUACAGCAUCAGGACUGCAAAGGUUGGCAAGAAUGGCCUCUUUUCUAAAGAGGUGCUCUACACGCUUUUCUUGACGAACAUACUCUCACUCCUCAUUGGGACUGGUAUUGGAGAUUGA